CACUGUGUUGGUAUUGCUGUAUCAUAUAUGGUACACGUGAUGCGGGGUUUGCACCUUCAUCUCAGCUUACACUUAUCCUGCCUUUUUAGCAUUUCACAGAUCAAUCCUCACCUACCUACUUUGUUUUCAUUUAGGAUAGGGACUACUUACGCACGUCAGUCAUUUCGUGUGUGAAUACUUGCCAUCUUUCGCUGCUACCAAGAAACCGUGAUCAGUAGAUGAGCAAUAUUCAUUCAUAUUUUAACAAUAAUUUCAUCCCAAUAAAACAACACCAGCUCUUGAUGAUUAUCUAAGAGACCUGAUACAUAGUUGUUUUUAUUUCACUCAACAUAAACCCCUAGGCUCUUUCCAAAUAUUAUAUCCUACAUAUCCUUGUUCCUUCCUCAAAACACUCAAUUCCAUAGUUCCCACCAUCUUUCGUUCCUACUCCAUUCCCUCAACCUAUCGAUUUUCAUACUUGCUACAGCCCAUUGUCAUCGAUAACACGCACUGUUUCUGUUGAGAAAACAAGAGAGUACGCGAACCCGUUUGACUAAGAUAUGUCUGACCUUAAAGCGUUCCUGAAUGCUGAUGACUUCAGACAAGGAUUGGAAGAGCUCGACAAAGAAAUGGCGAACGACCCGUACCUUGUGGCAUUUGCUCCUAUUGAGAUUCUCACUGCUGGAGGCUUCCUCGCUGUUUGGUAUCUUAAGAGCCGCGAGGCUACUGGCGAUCUCGAUUAUAUUAUUCACCCCGAAUGGUCUACAGACGAUGAAAUCAAGGAACCAUUCCAUGAGGCUGUGUUGAAAGUUGGAAAAAAAUUGAACUUCAAUAGAAAGUGGAUGAAUGAGGACAUGAAACUAUUCACAACUGGGGCGACCGAUGAGCGGCUGUUCAAACAGUCACAGGAAGAGAAUUUGGUUCUUUUUAGCGGUAACAAUAUAUUGGUUCGCGCAGCACCAAUCGAGUGGGCAUUGGAAAGGAAGUUGAGAAGAAUCUACGCUGGUGGCAGGGAUCGAAAGGCGGAGUUUGAUUUGAGUGAUGCAGUGGCCAUGUUGAAGAAUCUGAAAGACACAAAAGGUCCAUUGGACAGAGAGUAUAUUCGGACGCUUAACAUGAACGGAUUCGAUGUGGUACCUGAUGACCAUACCAUGAAUCGUGUGGCUGUAGAGUUCCAGAGGGUAUAUGGAGAGGAGGCUUUCGCUUAGUCACGAGUCGAUUAUCAUCUAAGCAUCGUUUAAUCAAGAAAAUUUGGGACACUGUUUAAAUUUGGACGGUGAUUUGACUGUCGUGAGAUGUUGAAGAGUACCACGAGUAUUAAUAGUCUUUCAAUAACCUAAACAAUGUAGUGUGUCUCUAUAAUACCUCAAUACAGAGCCAUGUGAAUAACGCACUAGCAAUAAAAAUUGCCUGACAGACUUGGCUCUUCAUGUUUCCAUAUUGUUCGCGUAAUGUUCCUCCACCCGCCCAAUAUUUGUACACCUCAUUUGCCCCUGUCCCACAUCUGAACCAAACUCCACGAGAGGCUUUCCCCUCGAUAAAUAUUGUAUAUCCCAUGAACUC